AUGUUGCUGACCAGCCCCCUCGAGAACAGCUAUCCGGUCAACUCCACCGUCACCUUGUACAGCACCACGGCGACUCCGACCUCGAGCCCGACUGGGAGCCCGACGCGGCCGCCCCCGGCGCCCACGCCCGCGCCCACGCCCCCGCCGACGCCGCGGCCGCCCGCGCCCGGCGCGACGCCCGGCCCGACCGGCUCUGGGACUGGCCCGAAGACCAGCGCGGCCUCGGGUGCCGUCUCGGCGUCGGGCGACCCGCACAUGGUGAACAUCUACGGGCAGCGCUUCGACCUGAUGCAGCCCGGGAGGCACACGCUGCUGCGGAUGCCGAGGGCGGCACGUAGGCGUGUGCUGCUGCGCGUGAGCGCAGCCGUGGAGCACGUCGGGCCGGCGUGCAUGGACGUGUACAUCGUGGCUCUGAACAUCACGGGCAGGCUGGCGGAGACAGGUGCGCCCGGCGGCCUCCACUUCAGCGCCGCGGAGGCGCCCCGCUGGGAGCCGCUCUGGCGGGAGUUCGGCAGGGUCCGUCUGAAGGUGGUCCACGGCCGCACCCGCGAGGGGAUCCCGUACCUGAACGUCCUCGUGCGCAAUCUGCGGAGGGCGGGGUACCCUGUGGGAGGCAUUUUGGGGGAGGACGACCACACUGCGGCCGCCACCCCGCCCGCCAACUGUAAGCGGAUGAUUGCGCUGUGA